CUGACUAUUGAUAUGUCGACGGAAGGCUUCAUUGGAAUUGGUGGCUUCAAGACCGCGCAUGCUGGAUGGCUUACACUCACAGCUUCUCCCAGGACCGGUCUCGGAUCAGCCCCUCGUCAUAAGGUUGUGGUCAAACGUCCAUUCUAUAAAGUAUUUCCAACUGCCGUGAAGGCUGGACAUUAUAAAGUCGGCCAGUAUGCACUCGCUGACGAGCUACCCAAGUUAUUCAGGGAAGCCAACGUCUUAUAUUGGUCCAAAUCUUUAUUACAGCUCACAUACGACUUUAUUGAUCGUUCGAUCGCAUCUUCACCCGAACCCCCGCCAUUUGUGGUCCCACCUGGCCUCGCAUUGUGCUACAGUCAGGGUGGUAGCAAGUCUGGAGCAAAGACGGGGUCAAUGCGAGCUGCCUUCCUCCUCGAAGAGCUCAUUGAGGGUGGUGAUGAUACAUUUCUCAAAUUCAUCCACAAUAUGGAUGCCAAUCCAUUGCUCGAUGAAUUGGACUAUGGCUACAACAUGGCAGAAUUUUUUGCUUUCACACAGCACGUCCAGUACGUCAAGACCAGCCAACUCGCAUUCAUAUCUGACUAUCAGGGUACUACAGUACUACUCACGGAUCCUCAAAUCAUGACCGAUCCCAAUGGGAGUGAUAUUUUUGGCGAUGGAAAUAUCGAGGCGUCCGUCAGCAAUUUUGAAACCCAGCAUGCCUGCAAUGAGUAUUGUGAAUGGCCUGGUUUUGGGCUGAAAGCAUUUGUAAAGGAAGUGAAUGACGAGAAUGACGAGAAUGACAAGGAAGUGAACGAUGAUGAAGUAGAACAUUAG